UUUGUGUUGUGUAAUUUACAAUAAAACUGUCUAAUGUUUUUGUGUAAAAUCUCCAGUGUAUAAACAUAGCAUGCCCCUCUCCUCCUCCUCCUCCUCCUCCUCCUCCUCCUCCUCUUCUGUGUGCUCCAGCUGCCUCAGCUCCACCACACUUGGUCAGACAUGGCAGGCCAUCAAAAAAUCAACUUGUUCCCACUCCACCUGUUCAAAUCUCAAUUAAUCUGCUGCCUUCCAAUAAAAGGCUUGGCUUUCACCGAGGAGCCAAUAGAAAGGCAUUAAAGCAGCGAGACCCAGGCCAAUCCCAGGCUGCAUUCUAAUGUGGCCUAUCUUUAUCAAGGUGCCACUCCAUUUCCAGAUACUGCCUAUUUAUAAGAUUUCUGAGGAGCGAGGCGGCAGGAGGGAUAUGUCUUUGGGGGAACACUAAAAUCUGUGUGCAGAGGGCUCGACCAGAACUUCAGAUAUGGAGCUAUCAAACGUCACACUGUGGCUGAGAAGAGGGGAAGGGCGGAAGUGAAGAGUUUAUCUGCUGCUUAAACGUUUUUGAUGUGGUAGCAACUUUUGCUAACACCACAGACUUUGUUAAAAUUGCUAUCGGUGCUCGUGAUUGUUUGAACAUCUGGGAACGGUGCAGGGUGUGAUCCCAGAUCCUGACAUCACCCUUGGCUGAGAGAACUCCUCGUGUGCCCAUCAGAGGUCUUCUCCUGCUUGAAUCUCGCUGGAUGUGUUGCUGAAAUCUGGAGGCAGAGUUACAAACGUCCCAUGGAUCCAAACAUCCAGGGGUCCUUCCUGUUCAACAACAGCCUGAACCAGUUCCCCUCGGAUCUAAAGACGCCGGUGUGCCAGUACUCAGUGCCCAACUCUUUCUACAAGCUCAACCCUGGCCUGAACAGCCAGCUGCAAGCAGGAACGCCCCACGGAAUCAGUGACAUCCUGAGUCGCUCCAUGGUGGGUAUGGGCUCCACGGGCACCACCACCCUUCUGUCUGGAUACUCGACCAUGGGGGGGUUCAGCCCCUCCGUCUCCAGCACGUCCAUGUACUAUAACCGAGACUACAACUCGUCACUGGGCAACUUCUCCAAGCCGGGCGCCGAGUGCCCGAUGAAGGCUCGCAGUGUGAGCUGCUGGGCAGAGAGCGGCUGUGACUGGAGAGGAGGGAGGCAGCAGUGCACCAACAGCGGUGCUCCUCUCGGGGAGAUGUCCGGCAGGAAGAAACACACCAGGCCGACGUUCAGUGGACAUCAGAUAUUUGCUCUGGAGAAAACCUUCGAGCAGACCAAAUACCUGGCCGGGCCUGAGAGAGCGAGGCUGGCUUAUUCUCUGGGAAUGACCGAAUCACAAGUUAAGGUGUGGUUUCAGAACCGACGCACCAAGUGGAGGAAGAAGAGCUCCACGGAGCCGAGCUCCACGCAGAGCAGCCUGCACGCCGGCCAGGGCGGCGAGGCCUCGGAGAACGAGGUGGAGGACGAGGAGUACAACAAGCCCCUGGACCCCGACUCCGACGACGACAAGAUCCGCCUGCUGCUGCGCAAACACCGCAGAGCCUUCUCCGUGCUGCGCCUCGGGCCGCACCACGUCUGACACACGCACACGCGCUUCAGCAAGAGAUGCAUGAUCACACGAAAACACACAUUAGUUUAGAACACAGUUAAAUCCAUGAAGCAUGUUCAGAGCAGGACAUCAGCGGGUUCGAUACACAACGCGAAGCUUAAAGAAGAUGUUUACUUUUAUAAGUUACUGAUCUCUGGUAUGUUUGCUGUUACACUGACAUGUGGGGGAUUAGGUCUCUUCUUUUUGUAAAAAUAUGAGAAAAUAAUAUUGAAAAAAGUGCAUGAUGGAGCUGUUGCUGACCCUAAUGAAUAAAGAAGAGAACAACCUUAUACAUGUGUUGUGCAUUUGAACAGCUGGACUAGUUUGUGCUUAUUUGAAUUUGAAAAUAAAACAGAAGAGAUUCAUGUCAUGUAGAAAAAGAGCUUUAUGAAACUUUCUUGAAUCAUUAAUUCAAAAUUAGAUACAAUUUGAUUUUUAAAUUGCA